GAGAGAGGGGGCGAGGCCAACGAGUACAGGCCGGAGGUUACCACAGGACACCGCCGGAACGCAACACAAAAAGACAUCAACGAGACGAAGCGUGCCGGCUUGCGUUGCGCUCUUCGGGCUGGCCGCCAUUGCACCGCCGGACCAAAAGUGUCUGUCCCCAUUUGACGCGUCGCGGCAGUUUGAAAGUGCGACGGCCCGCGGGGCGUGGGGGGCUUUUCUGCCUCGGCCGCCGCGUGGACUCGUUGAACCGGAGCGAGACGAGCGGCGCGCGCCGCCGACCGGACUGGACCUCUUGACUUCGAAGCGGUCCGUGAGCCACUUGGAGCUCCCGCGGGCGGCCUUGGAUUGAACCGACCGCACGCCGCUCGCUGGCUUGCCCGGCUCGCCGCAUUUGGAAGCCCGAAGAGCGCUCCGGCUUAGAGGAAUCGACGGACGUUUUUCUUUCGGUCUUUCUUUGAUUUGUUUUUUGGAAAGAUUUUCAAAUCGGAACCAGGUACGUUCGGACUCCUUCUAAAGUCAACACACACCACGUGUGUGUCGGUCGACGUGUAACGCCAUCCCGAUCGUGAUUUUAUUGUGGUGACGUCCUUGAAUUUCCACGCACUUGUCGCACAGUGAAUGUAAGAACAACUAGAAAGAGUGAGAAGAAGGUAUAAAUGGGUGCCGCGAUAUUGUGGGGGAGUGUGACAAAAACCGCGCUUCGUGGAGGGUUGAAAGGUCAAAAGGACGGGUCAUUUCACUCUGUCCCUUCCCCCUCUUCUUCGCCCAUCAGUGCACUAUGAAGAUGUGACCUGCCGUCUCCCUCCCUCGUCGGCUUUCAUUCUGGGUGUUUCUUCCUGCUGAAAUACCGAGAAAGCAAAACGGCGGCGGCGGCGGCGGCAUUCGCGGGGAUGUACGAAAGCGUGGACGUUGUGGGUUUGAGCCCCAGCCCCCGCAGCCCCAGCAGCGGCUCUUUCCUGGGCAUGGACUACUACCACAGACCACCGGGCUUGGAGCCCGAGCAAGGACUCCUGUCCGGCGUCGGGGGGCUUCAGAGGCCGUUCGGCGGAUCCCUGGUGAGCGGCAGGCACUGGAGCGGAUCUUGCCACUCAAUAGAAACGGAAAGCACGAGUUCUGGAGAAGAUUUGCUGGUCACAAGCCCCCCAUCUCCACCACCUCCGCCGCGCAUCUACAAGCCGUGCUUUGUAUGUGAGGAUAAAUCCUCCGGAUACCACUAUGGAGUCAGCGCAUGCGAGGGCUGCAAGGGAUUCUUUCGAAGGAGCAUCCAGAAAAACAUGGCGUACACUUGUCAUCGAGAUAAAGUUUGUGUCAUCAACAAAGUGACGCGCAACCGGUGUCAGUCCUGUCGCCUGCAGAAAUGCCUCGAUGUCGGCAUGUCCAAGGAGUUGGUCCGAAAUGACCGGACAAAGAAGAAGAAGGAGGAGAAGAGGCAGGCGGAGGUGGAGCUCUACGUCUUGUCAGCAGAAACGGAGCAGAUGAUUGAGCGAGUUCGUCGCGCGCACCAAGACACGUUUCCCUCUCUUGGUCAGCUGGGCAAGUACACCACGAAUAACAGCGCCGAGCAUCGUGUUCCUCUGGAUAUCAACCUCUGGGACAAGUUUAGCGAGCUGUCCACCAAAUGCAUUAUCAAGACAGUGGAGUUCGCCAAGCAGCUGCCCGGCUUCACGACGUUAACCAUCGCCGAUCAGAUCACUCUUCUCAAAGCGGCCUGCCUCGACAUACUGAUCCUGAGGAUCUGCACACGCUACACCCCGGACCAGGACACCAUGACCUUCUCCGACGGUCUGACUCUCAACCGCACGCAGAUGCACAACGCCGGCUUCGGGCCACUCACCGACCUGGUGUUCUCCUUCGCCAGCCAGCUGCUCCCCCUGGAGAUGGACGAUGCAGAAACUGGAUUACUCAGUGCCAUCUGCCUGCUGUGUGGAGACCGUCAGGAUCUGGAGGAGUCGGACAAAGUGGAUGUUCUACAGGAGCCGAUGCUGGAAGCUCUGAAGAUCCUGAUGAAGAUUACGGACCUCAGGAGCAUCAGCGUGAAGGGAGCAGAACGAGUGAUCACACUGAAAAUGGAGAUACCGGGCUCCAUGCCGCCACUCAUUCAGGAAAUGUUGGAGAACUCUGAGGGACUCGAGGGCCAAGGUGCCGGAAAAGGGAAGGGCAGAGACCGAGGAAGCGGCGAACACGAGCAAACAAAGCGCCGAAAUUCGAGCGGCGCGUCCCCGAUGUCCGUUCCCUCGCCCGGCCGGAGCCCCCCGGCCAGAUGCCCCUCCCCGUGAACGCCCACUCCUCAUACCUCUGCAUUGCACAGCGCCGCCGCCGCCACGGGGUCCCGCUCGAGCACCGUCCCUGCGCCGAGACGAACGUGGAUCAACUGUACAUUUUAUCAAUGGAGUCGGAAUGUUUGAAGCCAUAAACUUCAGCGGCGGCAUGUGGCGAUGCGCAGCGGCUGCGGAUCUGAUGUGUGACACGUUUUGCCUGCCUAAAUUAUGCGGUUGCAACGACGGUAUCGUGAGCGCAUGAUCAAGAUGUGACCGCUUGAUGCAUUUCAUGUAAAGUACCCCGUUCACUUGUCAACAAUCUUUUUGUAAAGAUCGUAUAGUUUCUUUUUGUUGUUGUUAUUGUUUUCUGGACAAAAAGAAUCGGGCUCUAUCGCUGCACCUCUCUGACUUCUCAGUCACGUGACAUUGUCAGAUAUGAACAGAUUUGAUGAAGGAUUAUGGGGUUAGUCUAUAUAUAGUUGAUAACCCUCUUAUGCAUUUUUCUCAUGAAAAGCCAUGCGUGUUAUGCAAAAUCGGUGCGUGUGUUUGUAUGUAAAAAGUUGCUGCGACAGACUGACAAAACAUAUUUUCUUAAAUUUACAUGAUAUAUUUUGUCUCCUUUAUCUCCUUCACUCCAUCAGUAUUCCCCCUUAAACGUCCCAUCUCCCACCCCCCCAAUGCACAUGGGGGGGGGGGGGUCGAGCGUGAAUCGAUUGUGCAGCCUCACUAAAACGAAUAUUGCCACUGAGAGCAAACAUAGUUCGUAGCAUCUGUGACAAAAGACACAGUCUGGGUUGUUUUAAAAUGGUCAACCCGUAGGUGGGCACUUUAAUCGACUGCGACAUCAUGAGUUCACGUCAAGCAAAUCUGAAUAUGUCUGUACUUGUCCCACUGUGUCGCUCGCUGUUCACACUGCCACUGGCUCACUUUGUAUGCAUUGCUACUACCGCGUGCAAAUUGUUUUACAAUUCCACUGUUGACCUGAUUCAAGGGGACCUAUUUUUGUGUUUACAGCUUUUUUUUAAUUCAACUGGCAUUCUGUCAUUCUCUCUUUUUUGUUUGCCUGAAUUCCAGUUCUCUCCUCCCAUACGGCUUCCAACCGCCGUGUGAAUGGGUGAGCUGGGCCCAGAGUUCAGCAUGACAUGAAAUUGUCAUGAAUGCUGACUUCAUUUUGGAGCGCCAUUAUUGUCUGGGGUUUUUACUUGGACCUCACUUGAAACUGGUCGUUUUCAAAGUGGACACCGGCCUUUGUAAAAUGAUCAUUUUUUUCUUAUUUUCGAGUCACCAACAGAAUUGCAACGAUAGGUUCCCUUUAAUAUGUGCUGUAGUUAAAGUCAAACGACAGCGAUAAACACAA